ACUGUAACAAAACUGUUGUGUUUGUUCAUGUUGAUAGAAACACACACCAAAAGAGAAUGCUUACGCAAAUGGCGAUGAUCAUGCAAGUCAAACCCUUUAUCCCAAAUCUCCGAAAGAGACAACCUCAAAACCACCUUAAUUUUCCCAACAAACAUUCAACAAGCCUCAUUUGUUAUUCUCUUAUCAAUUCAGAUUCGGUUCUAUCUCACACACUUGCUCACCACUUCAAUCCAGAGAUUCCCAUAGAGAAAGCCGUUACACCUCCAUCAUCAUGGUACACUGAUCACUCUUUCUUCCACCUUGAGCUCGAUCGCGUCUUCUACAGAGGCUGGCAAGCUGUGGGAUCGACAGAGCAGAUAAAGGAUCCUGGCGAUUUUUUCACUGGAAGACUAGGAGAUGUGGACUUUGUGGUAUGCCGUGAUGACACCGGAAAUGUCCAGGCCUUCUACAAUGUCUGUCGUCAUCAUGCUUCUAUUCUUGCUUCUGGAAGUGGACAAAAGUCUUGUUUUGUCUGCCCUUACCACGGAUGGACAUAUGGAUUAAAUGGAGCGCUUCUUAAGGCAAAUAGGAUAUCAGGAAUGCGAGAUUUCAACGUAAAUGAUUUUGGUCUUAUACCGAUCAAAGUAGCUACGUGGGGGCCUUUUGUCCUUCUCAAUUUGGAAAAGGAGAAUCUUACUCAAGAGGAAGUUGAUAGUCAUAAUGUAGCAAAAGAAUGGCUUGGUAGCUCUUCAGAAAUACUGAGUACCAAUGGAGUUGAUUCUUCGUUAAGUUAUGUAUGUAGACGUGAAUACACCGUUGAAUGCAAUUGGAAGGUAUUCUGUGAUAACUACUUAGAUGGUGGCUAUCAUGUGCCAUAUGCGCAUAAAGACCUGGCAUCUGGUCUUAAUCUCGAUUCCUAUUCUACCACAUUGUUUGAAAGGGUUAGCAUCCAAAGUUGUGAAGGAAGCUCAGGGAAAAGCGAAGAUAGACUUGGAAGAAAAGCUAUAUAUGCUUUCAUUUACCCAAACUUCAUGAUUAAUAGGUAUGGACCUUGGAUGGACACCAAUCUUGUACUUCCACUAGGAGCCAACAAAUGUCAAGUGGUUUUUGACUACUAUCUUGAACCCUCGCUCCUGGGUGACAAAGAUUUCAUAGAGAAAAGCUUACAAGACAGUGAGAAAGUGCAGAUAGAAGAUAUUGUGUUGUGUGAAGGUGUUCAAAAGGGCCUCCAAUCUCCAGCGUAUUCUGUCGGAAGAUAUGCUCCUAAAGUUGAGCAGGCCAUGCACCAUUUUCACUGUCUGCUGCACGAAAACCUGACAACAUAAAUCACGUCACUCAC